AUGUAUCUGCUUUCCAAGCAGUUGGCGCCGCUGGUGAGGCCAUUUGCCUUUAUUUCCAGGCUCUCAGCGCGACAUCCGAUCCAUGUGAUUCUCACCACGAUCUUGUUGACGGCCGUUGCGUACCUGUCUGUUGUUGAAAACUACUUCAAUGGGUGGAACUUAGACUCCAAGAGCAUUUUCGCCAGGAACUACGACUCGGAAAGACUGCUGGAGGAGAGCGUUCAUUACUACCAUGCUAGGUCUUCAAAAGAUUGGAUCAUUAUGAGCAACGACGAUGUAGUCGCUGUUCCUGUGUCCGAGCACUAUUAUCUUGCUCCUCUCGAGUUUGACCUGAAAAAUUCUACGACCCUUCCGAUUCUCGACAACAUCAUUUACAGAGAGGACAACACUGUUUACACACUUCAACAUGAGAUUGAAUUGGCCACCCAGAUCGACGAUGGCGACACUGUGUGGAGCUUGAGACCCUCGAAUUUCAAAAUUCACGACAUCAAAAACAAGGUUUUGUCUGCUGCCACCAGCCUCAGCGAAAGAAUCAAAGAUGCAGAGAUUUUCGAUGUUUGCAUCAUCGGCACGGCGUACCUUGGCAUGUUCUAUACCAUUGCAGGGCUUUUUAUCACCAUGAGAAGAAAAACCAAGUCCAAAUUCUGGUUAGCCUUGGCCGCCAUUGUUUCCUCCACCAGCGCCCUUUUUUUGGCACUUUACGUAAGUCAAGCCAUUCUGGAUAGACCUGUCACCGCUUUGAGCCUCAUCGAGGGUAUUCCCUUUGUCGUGGUGAUCGUUGGAUUCAGUCACAAGAUUCAACUGGCUUUCUUUGUUUUAGAACAUUUCAAGAAGCACGGCCUCAGCCAGAAGCAUACCGCCGAUAAGCUUGUUUAUCAAGCCAUGUCCGAAGUUGGACGGCGUAUACUGCAGGACUAUCUUCUCUGCAUAAUUGCAUUUUUGGGUUGCUCCAUUUAUGCCUCCCAUCUCGAUGCCUUGAGAAAUUUCUGUAUUUUGGCCUCACUAAUUUUGACCUUUGAUCUACUUCUGACAAGUACAUUUUAUUCGGCAGUCCUAGCUCUAAAGGUUGAAAUAAACAUCAUCCAUCGCUCAACGAUUAUUAAAGAGACGCUAGAAGAGGAUGGUAUUGUGAGAAGUACUGCCGAAUCCGUAUCAGUUGCUGACACAAAAAACUCCCCAUCAAGUUUAGGAUCAAGCACGAGUAUUGUUUUGUGCAAGUUGUUCGUCGUCCUUGCCCUCAUCGGGUUUAACUUCUUCAGCUUUGGCGCAAGAUGGACAUACGCUACUUUCUCAACGCUAUAUUCAGGGAAGAGCGCAGAAUCUGGUCUUCCAGAUUCCAUACUAACCAAAAUUGCCAGCAACAUAGCCCAAGAUCUUGUCAUUUCCGUUCUUCCAGUUCAGCAUUACCAACCUAAAAGGGCCUAUUUCAAGGUCGAAGACGUCUUGCGCUCUGUUUUGAGUUACAUCAGCGUCUCGAUUCGUGACAGAUUUAUCAGUAAGCUCGUUCUUUUCGCCCUUGCUGUGAGCGCGUCAAUCAAUAUUUACUUACUGAACGCAGCGAGAAUCCACACCGCGUAUACUGCCAGUGCCUUACAAAAACAACACGCCAAACGCCAACGUUCGGCUGGCUCAGCAUAUUCUCUUUCAAAGUCAUCUAAUCCACAAAGUGCCCAGUCGUCGUCCGUAGAGUCGAUUGAAACAACCACCGCAAUUGCGUCGAAUAGCAACACCUCAGAUGAUGACAGCAGUACGGCCGAAGAAGCUGAAAGCAGCAGACCGCUCGAUACCCUUAUUGAAAUUAUGAAGGGGGGCAAGACGGCAUCACUUUCGAAUAGAGAAGUCGUGUCUCUUGCCGCUAAAGGCAAGUUACCACUGUAUGCGUUGGAGAAACAACUUGGCAACACGUCUCGUGCUGUAUUGGUCCGUAGAAAAGCCUUGGCUGCCUUAGCUGAUGCGCCAGUGCUUGCUACAGAACGUUUACCUUGGAAAAAUUACGAUUACGAUAGAGUUUUUGGUGCUUGCUGUGAGAAUGUUAUUGGUUAUAUGCCACUUCCCGUUGGUGUCAUUGGUCCCCUUGUUAUUGAUGGAGUUCCAUACCAUAUCCCUAUGGCCACUACUGAAGGAUGUCUUGUUGCAUCUGCAAUGCGUGGUUGCAAGGCUAUUAACUCCGGAGGAGGUGUUACAACAGUCCUAACAAAAGAUGGUAUGACCAGGGGACCAUGCGUUAGAUUUCCUUCUCUCGCCAGAGCAGGUGCGUGUAAGAUUUGGCUCGACUCCGAAGAGGGCCAGACCAAAAUCAAAAAAGCAUUUAACUCGACUUCCCGUUUUGCGCGGCUGCAACAUAUUCAAACUGCCCUGGCAGGAAAUUUAUUAUUUAUUCGCUUCAGAACAACUACAGGUGAUGCGAUGGGAAUGAACAUGAUCUCAAAGGGGGUUGAGUUUUCGCUGAAGCAGAUGACAGAAGAAUUGGGCUGGCCAGACAUGGAAGUAGUGUCUGUUUCUGGUAAUUAUUGUACCGACAAAAAGCCUGCUGCUAUCAACUGGAUUGAAGGUCGUGGUAAGAGCGUGGUAGCAGAGGCCAUAAUUCCUGGUGAAGUUGUACGCAAAGUGUUGAAAAGUGAUGUUAAUGCUCUGAUUGAACUCAACGUCACGAAGAAUUUGAUAGGUUCUGCAAUGGCGGGCUCUAUUGGAGGCUACAAUGCCCACGCUGCCAACCUUGUGACCGCAGUAUAUCUAGCUCUCGGCCAAGAUCCCGCUCAAAACGUUGAAAGUUCCAACUGUAUCACGUUGAUGAGCGAGGUAGACGGCAACCUAAGAAUAUCUGUCUCGAUGCCCUCCAUUGAGGUCGGAACGAUCGGCGGAGGUACCAUUUUGGAGCCACAAUCUGCCAUGUUGGACCUGCUAGGUGUCCGUGGGCCUCACCCUAUCACUCCAGGUACGAACGCGCGCCAGCUUGCCAAGAUUGUUGCAUCUGCCGUUCUUGCUGGUGAGCUAUCGCUGGCCUCUGCUCUUGCUGCGGGCCAUCUCGUCCAAAGUCAUAUGAUCCACAAUCGGGGUAAACCUGCUCCUUCAGCUGCUACCUCCUCGCCAGCUACUUCGUCUCCAGCCGAUGUGAAAAGAUUACAAGAAGGUUCUGUGACCUGCAUAAAGUCCUAA